AUUUUUAGAUUAUCCUGAAUUGGACAAGAGAAGAUCAUGGGAGCAUCACACUCCCAAUCGUAUGAUUUGAGUCAUGAAUCGAUAAAAUCGGUGCAGAAUAAACAAGAUAUUGUUCCCAGUAAUAACGUCGUGGAUGGUACACUCAUUCAUAUCACUUCUUCCGAUAAUUCAAACAUUUUGCCAAAUGCACAGGAAUUGCAGCGAAUACAUCCACCAGAGGAGAUACCAUUAACACCAGAGGAAAUACCAGUAGAGAACAUACCGAUAACGAAAAUAUCAGCUCCCAAAAUGAUUGAAACAGCUGUCGAAUAAUCGAUUUCUCCCCAUUUACAGCUAUUGGCACAUUUUAAAAGAUUAUUCUAUUUAUAUGUGGUGAUAAAUGUAUUAUCAAUACGCUACUAACCAUAGCAUUCCAUGAAACUUUUAUAUGGUAUAUUGGAAAUAACUAUGAAUUGCACCGAAUAUGUAAUAGCUAACAUUUCACUUUACAUUAUUUUUCAUCCAUACUGUAUACAUUUGCUCACUUUGUUGAUUAAUUAGUUUCGAUCCAUUCAACAUUCCACAUGUUCUGAAAUAAAAUUUUCCAAUGCAUUUACCACCGAAUUCAUUCAAUGCAAUAUUUUUGUUAUACACUUAGG